AUGGCUCGGCUCAGGGACUCACGCUCACCAAGCCCUGCAGGAAGCUCAAGAAGAUACCGUCGCGAUGAUGACAGACGACGUGACCGGGACCGCGAUCGGGACCGCCGCCGCCGCUCGCGGACGCCGCCACGCCCCCGCGAUGAGUAUCGCCGACGGGAUCGUUCCCUAGACCGGAGCGACGAUUACCACAGAGAUGGACGAGAUCGGAGACGCUCCCGUGAUCGCUAUAAUGAUGGCGGUAGAGACAGGGAUCGGGAUUGGGACAGAGACAAGGGUCGUCGUGACCGUGAUGACAGACGCAAGAGGGACGACUCCCGCGACCGCGCGAGGAGUCGACGAGAAGGCACCACCGACUCUCAUCGCUCUGGACCAACCGAUUCUCGCGCGCGGCCCGCUGCAGAGGUAUGUCCACCCUUCCGCUCUAAACAUGCAAAUAUUCACACUUCUCGAUCUCAGUCUACAGAUACCAAGUCGAAGCCAAACGCCCCGCCUGCUGCAGCACAGUCAGAUGCCGACAAGAAAGCCGAACGCCUUGCCAAACUCGCAGCAUGGAAGAAGAAGCAGGAACUGGAGAAGGAAAAGGCCAAGGAGGCCACUCCGGGAGCGACGAGAAAACUUCUUGCUGAGAUGGACCAGAAGGCUAACGGCAGUUCUGCUGCGACCCCAUCAGUAGCAUCUCCUACAUCUGCGGUAGCAUCGCCAGCAGCGAGCACCUCGUUUCCGUCACCCGCAACUCCGUAUUCUGGUAAAUUCGACCCCAAGGAAAUUGCGAAGAAGUCGGCUCGUGUACACGAAUCAAGUGCUGCGCCCAAAUUGGGCUCGAUCGGCGUACAGCUACCCCCCUCGAAGCCAGCUGCUCCAGUCAGUGGAUUGCCCAAGGCAUCAGCGCUACCGAAAGCCAAAACCAGCGGCUUUGGGUUUCACAAGCAGAAUGCAGAUACCGACAAGAUCCCGCAGAAACGAAAAUUGAUUCUUGAUGAGGAGGAGGCAUCCGACAGAAAGCUCGCUAAGCUCCCUUCUCUACCUCUUGCUGACGUUGAUGAUACUCCAUACGAAGUACAAGAUGACGACGAGGAGGAUGCUGAUAACUUUGCGGGCGAUGAGGAGGAGGAAGCGGCGGCAGCACGAGCCGCUCAAGAACGCCGCGAAGAGCGCAUGGCUCAGGAAAAUGCCCAACAAAAUAGCACGAUGGAUAUUGAUGAAUCGAAAGCAGAGGUUGAUGCGACUACCGUGUCUGCCGACGCUGGCGGUCAAGCAAUGGAGGUAGACGAAGAGGAGGAAGUAGACGCGCUGGACGCAUUCAUGAACGACUUGGAGUCCAAGCCAGCCCCAGCUUCGAAACCCGCGAAACUCAAUGGCGCGAGCCAGAAAAAGGUCGAGCCAGAGCCGGAAGCAUUUUUUAGUGGUGAUGACGAUUAUGAUUAUGCCAAAAACGAGGAUGAACCAGGCGCAUUCCUGGAAAAGGUCAACAAGGCUCGCAAGAAGAAGGAUAUUCCCACUGUCGACUACAGCAAACUUGAUAUGGCACCCCUUAGAAAGAAUUUCUGGGUUGAGCCAGCUGAAUUGUCUGAAAUGACCGAGGCGGAACUGACGGAUUUGAGACUCGAACUCGAUGGCAUCAAGGUGUCUGGCAAGGACGUGCCCAAGCCGGUACAGAAAUGGUCACAGUGUGCCUUGUCGCGACGGACACUGGAUAUCAUUGACAGUCUCGGCUUCGACAAGCCAACACCUAUCCAGAUGCAAGCCUUCCCGGCCAUCAUGUCUGGCCGUGACAUCAUUGGUAUUGCUAAGACUGGCUCGGGCAAAACCCUCGCCUUUCUGUUGCCAAUGUUUCGACAUAUCAAGGACCAAGAGCCAUUGAGGGAGAACGAUGGUCCAAUUGGGCUGAUCAUGACUCCGACCAGAGAACUUGCCACCCAAAUUCACCGUGAUUGCAAGCCUUUCCUCAAAUCGAUGGGACUGAGGGCGGUCUGUGCCUAUGGCGGUGCACCCAUCAAGGAUCAUAUUGCCGAGCUCAAACGAGGUGCUGAGAUCGUGGUAUGCACUCCAGGACGUAUGAUCGAUCUCCUUGCCGCGAACCAGGGCCGGGUAACGAACUUGAAGCGUGUCACGUAUGUGGUGCUUGACGAAGCAGACCGCAUGUUCGACAUGGGAUUUGAACCACAAGUCAUGAAAAUCCUCAACAACAUGCGACCGGAUCGUCAGAACAUUUUAUUCUCUGCUACAAUGCCCCGAAUCAUGGAUGCGUUGGCGAAGAAGAUUCUGAAAGAUCCCGUUGAAAUCACCGUGGGCGGCAAGAGUGUUGUAGCUCCCGAAAUCACACAAAUUGUGGAGGUCAGGGAAGAGGACAAGAAGUUCAUCAGAUUGCUUGAAUUGUUGGGCGAGCUCUAUGACAAGGACGAGGAUGCUCGAAGUCUGAUCUUUGUUGAACGCCAGGAGAAGGCUGACAAGCUAUUGAAAGAGUUACUGCAAAAGGGAUAUCCAUGCAUGUCAAUCCAUGGCGGAAAGGAUCAGGUCGAUCGGGAUUCUACGAUUUCAGAUUUCAAAGCUGGCGUCGUCCCCAUCAUGAUUGCAACCUCGGUCGCCGCUCGAGGUCUUGAUGUCAAGCAGUUGAAACUGGUCGUCAACUAUGACGCGCCCAACCACUUGGAGGAUUACGUCCACCGUGCUGGCCGCACUGGUCGUGCCGGCAAUAAAGGAACUGCUGUGACUUUUGUCACUGGCGAACAGGAGAACAGUGCCUAUUGCAUUGCAAAAGCCCUGGAGCAGAGUGGGCAGCCCGUCCCCGAACCCAUUACAGUAAUGCAAAAGGCCUUCCAGGAGAAGCUGAAAGCCGGCAAGGCCCGAGACUCGUCUGGAUUUGGCGGCAAAGGUUUGGACAAGCUGGACCAGGAACGAGAGGCCGCACGACUGCGAGAACGGAAGAGUCAUCGGACCGAGGGCGAUGAGGAGGAAGAGAAUGAGGAGGAGAAGGCAAAGGAAGACAAGAAGGCUGACAAGGCACUGUCAGCUAUUCAAGCGGCAGCUUCUGCAGUCUCGUCGCGUGAUGCUGCGCCAGCCAAGCAGCCCGACUUGGAGCCAAAGUUUACCAUUCACAAGCGAGAAGACCCACCGCCAAACUCAGGCAACAAUCCCUUGGACAAAGUCUCCUCGGCUCGUGAUGCCAUCAAUGCCCGUCUUGGUAAAUCUGGACAGCUUCGGCCCGGACAGCCCAUCGAUAAUAAAGGCCCAGACGCCGGAGCCUUUCAUGCGACUCUUGAAAUCAACGACUUUCCGCAGAAGGCUCGUUGGGCUGUCACGAACCGCACAAACGUUGCCAAGAUUCUUGAAGCAACGGGCGUUUCCAUCACCACCAAGGGUACCUUCUACCCUGCAGGCAAGGAGGUGCCACCAGGAGGCGAGGCCAAACUGUACAUCUUGGUGGAGGGUGAUACUGAAGUCGUUGUGUCGACAGCAAUGACGGAGCUGACUCGCUUGUUGAAGCAAGGUACGAUGGCCGCUGCAGAUGCUGAAAGUCGGCAGCCAAUGGGCAGAUAUAAUGUCAUCUAG